AUGUCUGGCAAACUUUUUAUGAUUCUACUUUUGUUGGUGACCCCAGGCAAAGCGAGGAUGUCAUUUCUCAGUUUUCUGAAUAUACAAAAUACAGAAGUGCUGUCGUUGACAGAGGCAGAAGAAACUGUCAUUGUAAGGUCCAGCUAUAAAGAUAAACGGCCUCACUCCAGCUACCUCCUUGUGAAGUCAGAGGAUCCGAAAGUGCUGCAGGUGGUGAAUGUGACCAAGACCUCCCUGGGUGUCACAGACUUUACCAUCAACCUGAAGACUUUCCCAGGAGAGACAAAUCUGACUGUGCAGCUCUGGGAGUCUAAAGGUAGGCAAGCAACACUCAUUGAAGAGAUAAAGAAUGUCAGAGUGAGAGUGUUCAGACAGACGAAGGACAGCCUCUUUCAGGCACCAAUCCAUGUCAAUAGCUACAUCUUCCUGCUUGUCUUAUCGAUGAUCCUUUUAAAUAAAUGUGCCUUUGGCUGCAAGAUUGAAUUUCAGGUGCUUCAAACCGUGUGGAAGAGACCUCUGCCAAUACUUCUUGGGGUGGCUAUACAGUUUUUUCUUAUGCCAUUCUGUGGCUUUCUCUUGUCUCAGAUUUUGAGCUUGUCUAAGGCACAAGCUUUUGGAUUUGUAAUGACCUGUACGUGCCCAGGAGGAGGUGGGGGCUAUGUCUUUGCUUUCCUUCUGGAAGGGGAUGUCACUUUGGCUAUUUUGAUGACUUGCAUGUCAACAUCCCUGGCCCUCAUCAUGAUGCCUGUCAACUCACACUUAUACAGUCAGCUCCUGGGGUUAGCAGGUGUAUUUCAUGUUCCUGUCUUAAAGACUGUAUCUACUCUUCUUUUCAUACUUAUGCCAGUAUCAAUUGGUGUAGUCAUUAAGCACAGAAUGCCUGAAAAAGCAGUUUAUUUACAGAGAGUAGUGAGGCCUCUGAGUUUGACUUUAAUGUUCUUAGGGGUCUACUUGGCUUUCAGGAUGGGACUUGUAUUUCUGAGAAUGGCUAACCUAGAGGUGUUUCUUCUGGGGCUUCUGGUUCCUGCACUGGGCUUUUUGUUUGGCUAUUCCUUUGCUAAAGUCUACCUGCUGCCUCUUCCUGUUUGCAAAACGGUGGCUAUCGAAAGUGGGAUGUUGAAUAGUUUCUUAGCGCUGGCCAUCAUUCAGCUUUCCUUUUCCCAGCCCAAGGCUUAUGAAGCCUCUGUAGCUCCAUUUACAGUAGCCAUGUGUUCUGGCUGUGAAAUGUUACUGCUUGUUCUGGUCUACAAGGUUAAGAGAAGGCCAUUCCUUAGUACAGAAAAUGAAAAAACUCCUCUAGUUUAA